AUGAACAUAUUCAGGGUUUCUGGCAAACUUUUGACAAAGUAUCUGUGCCUGUUGAUGGCUUGGGCCAUAUUGUCGACUAUUGUACCUUAUUGGGUUGCUAGCCCGAACGCAGGGAAGUCGCCAUAUGAUUCCUUAUACGAACUGAAUCAAGCCACAGUGACAGAACAUUCGCUUAGUGAUGCCGACGUGAUUUUUGUCACCGCUCACCCGGACGACGAGUCUAUGUUCUUCAGUCCGGUCAUUGUUGAGCUUUCAAAGGCUAAAUACAACAAUGCAUUGCAUUUGAUCUGUUUUUCGGACGGAAACUUUGAUGGGCUUGGCGAAACCAGGCAGCAAGAAUUGAUCCGGGCAGCCAGCAUACUGGGAUUCCAGACCCACAAGACACUUGACUAUGUUGACAAUAUCCACGAAGAAUGGGACACAAGUGCAAUCGCGGCCACUUUGGCCAAAGAACUGAAGGAGCUACCGCUCCACAAAUCAAAGCAGAUUUUGGUCUCCUUCGAUGAAGAAGGUGUCUCCGGACAUCCAAACCACAAGUCGUUGUACUAUGGUGUCCAAGAUUAUUCGAAGAAACACAAGCUUAGAUUUUUCAAGCUCAAAUCGUGGCCGGUGGCUGCCAAAUAUAGUGCAUUCGUGAUCACUAAUGUUGAAUUGAUUGCAAGACUUUUCAAGAACUGCUCUGCAAUCCAUAAAUAUUUGCCAUCAUUAGUGAAUUACAUCCCAGACCAGGGCCAGGCCAUCAAGAUCUACGCAAACUUCAAUUCCUGGUUUCUGAAUCUGGCAACCAUGACUUACGCUCAUUACUCUCAAAUUGUCUGGUACAGAUGGCUGUGGAUUUUCCUCAGCAGAUAUAUGAAUUGCAACGAGCUCGAAUUAGUUAUAUAG